AUGGGUUAUUCUGGAACCGGCCUAAAGCCUGUUCAUUCGGCAGUUUCUGUGGUUGAUAACUACGAAUAUGUACCUGGUACCGUUCAUUUAGUGGAUUUAGAAGGUGAUCUUCAUGUUAGAAAAGAAGACGGGAACUCAGACAUUAUUUUGAUUCCUCCGCCAUCUUCUAACCCUAACGAUCCUCUUAGAUGGUCUAAAAGGAAGAAACAAGUGCAGUUUUGGUUUUUAUGGUGGUGGGCCUUCUUUUUGGCGGCCAUUGUUAACUUUUCUGGACCUAUCUACGAUACGUGGGUCGAGGUGUUAAACACAAACUAUAACCAGUUGAAUACUUCUUCGGCUUUAUGUUUCCUUUUCUUAGGGGUGGGGUGUGUAUUCUUACAACCCACGGCUUUGAAAGUCGGUAGAAGAUUUGUUUACAUGCUCUGCACCUUCCUCGGGAUCUUAUCUUGUACAGUUGGAGGUGGUGCCCAGAACGUCCAUUAUCUUUAUGUGUCCAAUAUUUUCGGUGGGUUGGCAGCUGCUCCAGUGGACUCCUUGGUGGAAAUCUCUGUCACCGAUGUGUUUUAUAAACAUGAGGUGGGUACUUACGUGUCCUAUAUGAUUUUUGCCCUUUAUGCUGGUUCAUAUUUGGGUCCUGUGGCUGCUGGGUUUGUGGUGGACGACUUGAGUUGGAGAUGGACCUUUUGGAUCCUCACCAUUAUCAUGGGAGUUUUCGCCUUUUUACAGUUCUUCAUUAUGGAAGACACCACCUUCUACAGAGACACAAAUGUCGAUGACGUUGAAGACGAGAUCUUGUCCCAAAUCCAAUCCCGGACCGCUUCUAGAGCUCAAUCCAUCGAUCUUGAUGAUCAUGAGAACGAUCAUGGUAAGUCCGCAGAAAAGGUGCGCACCCAAGCUGCUAAUAACAGUGUGGAUGCAGAUGACUCGUCUAUCGACUACAACAUCCCCAAGAGAUCGUACGUUCAAAGAUUGAAGAUGAUUGAAACAGAAUACAAUGACCCCAGAAGUUGGUUUGUUCUCUUCUUGAGACCUGCUUUCGCUUAUUUCCCGGCCGUUAUCUAUUCUGCGUUGGUGUACGGGUCUCAAAUGGGUUGGUUAUCAUUACUUUUGGUGACCCAAUCUCAAAUCUAUUCCGAUGUUCCUUACAACUUCAAUGCCUCCAUGGUUGGUUUAACAAACGUGGGUGCGUUUGUUGGGUCUAUCUUUGGUAUGUACUAUGGUGGUCCAUUGGCUGAUAAGUUCAUUAUCCAUAUGAGUAGAAAGAAUAAGGGUGUCUUUGAGCCAGAAAUGAGAUUAUGGAUGAUGAUCAUUCCAACCAUCAUUAAUGCCGGUGGGUUACUUGCCUAUGGGUUGCCUUCUUACUAUAAGGCUCACUGGGCUUGGUCUGUUGUUCUUGGUCAAGGUGGUAUUGGGUUUGCCAUGAGUGCCUCUGGUGCCAUUACCAUUGCCUAUUCCGUCGACUGUUACACUAAGGCUGCUACGGACUGUUUGGUCUUUAUGUUGUUCAUUAGAAACAUGAUUGGGUUUGUGUUCACUUAUGUUUUCCAAUACUGGUUGGAUGCUUGUGGAUUGAAAUUGUUGACAUGGCUUUUAUUCAUGAUCUCCGUGGUCAUCAAUGGUGGCUUUGUCAUAUUCCUUAAGUGGGGUAAGGCCUUCCGUAAGAAAACCGCUGCUCAUUAUGAAAGAAUUAGUCGUAAAGACUUUUUAACCAGAUUCUUCCCCAACACCAAACCUACUUAA